CGCACUUGUUCCGUGCCGCCCGCCAGCCCGCCCGGCCCCUAGCCCGCAAACUCUCCCCGAAGGAGUGAGGCAGGCAGGAAACACUGAGCCCGAGACCGGCCGGGCUGAGGGACAGAGGGGCAGGGACCCAGGCGCCCCUCCCCGGAGCCCGGAGCAUCCCUGGGCCGGCUGAGGGGCUCCGGGCUGGGCUGAAUUCCGAGAGGGGCGCCGUGCCCCUCUCUACUCCACUUCGCGUCCGCUCUGUGCCCCAACUCCGUGUCCUCGCUCCGCGCCUUGCCCCGUGCGCUCCGGCCCUUCCCGGGACAGACUGACCGAUAAGGGGACGGAGAGCGGCAGGAUGCCCGGGAGCUUGGCGGGACUCGGGCUGGGGCUGGCGCUCGCCUUAGCCCUGCUGCUGCUGCUGCUGCUGCGCGGAGCCUGCUCCGGGUCCGGGGAGCCGCUGGACGCCGGAGGACAGUGCCGGCCGCCUGGAUCGCAGGGAGACCUGAACUCAUUUCUCUGGACCAUUCAUCGGGACCCUCCUGCCUACCUGUUUGGCACCAUCCAUGUUCCCUACACACGCGUCUGGGACUUCAUCCCGGACAAUUCGAAGGCAGCGUUUGAGGCCAGCGCCCGAGUCUAUUUUGAGCUCGACCUCACCGACCCCUACACCAUUUCAGCCCUGGCCAGCUGCCAGCUGUUGCCUCACGGUGAGAACCUCCAGGACGUGCUGCCCCGGGAGCUCUACAGGCGUCUCAAGCGCCACUUGGACUACGUGAAGCUCAUGAUGCCCACCUGGAUGACGCCCGACCAGAGGGGCAAAGGCUUGUACGCCGACUACCUGUUCAAUGCCAUCGCCGGUAAUUGGGAACGAAAGCGUCCAGUCUGGGUGAUGCUCAUGGUGAACUCCCUCACCGAGACCGACGUGCGCUCUCGAGGUGUUCCCGUGCUGGACCUCUACCUGGCGCAGGAGGCUGAGCGCAUGAAGAAGCGGACGGGAGCCGUGGAGAGGGUUGAAGAGCAGUGUCACCCACUCAAUGGUCUCAACUUCUCCCAGGUGCUGUUUGCGCUGAAUCAGACCCUGCUCCAGCACGAGAGCCUCAGGGCGGGAAGCCUGCAGGCCCCCUACACCACGGAAGACCUCAUUAAACACUACAAUUGUGGAGACCUCAACGCUGUCAUCUUCAACCAUGACACGUCACAGCUCCCCAACUUCAUCAACACCACGCUGCCCCCACACGAGCAGGCCACGGCCCAGGAGAUUGACAGCUACUUCCGCCAGGAGCUCAUUUACAAGCGAAACGAGAGGAUGGCUCGGCGGGUCAUGGCGCUGCUUCGAGAGAAUGGGGACAAGAGUUUCUUCUUUGCCUUCGGUGCAGGUCAUUUCCUAGGGAACAACACGGUGAUUGACGUCCUGCGCCAGGCUGGGUUCGAGGUGGAGCACACCCCACCAGGGAAAGCUGUGCACAGUUCCAGCCCCCGGAGUUCCCAGCCCCCUUCUCCAGAUCCUGUGGUGACCCUGGCUCCCACGAUGCCACCCAUGGAGCAGAGCCCAUCCUCUUCACUGGCCUCUACGCCUCCCGGGCCAGGGGAUGAGGAGGAGGAAGAUGAUGACCUUCUGUCACCCCAUCUCCUGCUCUCCGACAGCCUGAGCCAGCUGGAAGAGUUCGGGCGACAAAAGAAAUGGCGGCGGAAGCAUCAUAAACAACACCGGCCACGGCAGUUCAACGACCUGUGGGUCCGGAUUGAAGACAGUACAACCACAGUGCCUUCUCCAUCCAAGGCUACCAACGGCUAUGACACCGCCAAGCCUCCCACCAGGUUUGCCAAACAGCUAGAGCAUUGGCCCCCACCAGCCCCACCAGAACCCCCAGGGCCCUCCAGAAGCUCAGCCUCGGGCACUUCUCCCCUGACUUCCUUCCUUCUCAUCACGACUGGCGCCAUCCUCCUGCAUGUGGUGCGGCCAUCCUGACUUCCAUCGAUCCCAGAACUAAUCAAAUCAACAGUCUAUCCCUGGACCUUGGACAUGGUGAAUGGAUGGAGCCAGGACCUGGUCUUCUUCAGGACAGAUGUCAGUCAGAGGCACCUCCUCUAGUCCUCCAUCUCUGGAAUUUCAGGUUGUCACAGAGUUAUGGGAUUUAGGGUUGGCAGCAAUGUCAGAAUGUAGACUGUGGAGCAUCAGAGCUAGAAAAGAUCAGAUGAACAGAAAGUCAGAGCUGGGAGGGAUUUAGACUAUGGCACAAUAAACAUUCUAAGAGGCAUCUCUAAGAUGCUCUCAUCUCACUUUCCUCAUUUUACAAAUGGGGAAAAUGAGGCUCCAGCAGUUGUCAGAAGUAGCUUUUUGGAUAGCCUUGGGUUAACAAUGUCGAUGAUGCUCUGAACAUUAAGUAAUGAGACCUGGGUUCUAUUCCUAACUUUCCAGUUUGCCAUGACAUGACUGGGCAAAACUUGGCCCUUCUCUGGAUCUUCAUGCCUACCUUUGUAAAGGAGGAAGUCAGACUCCAAAGUCCUCUCACAUGCUAAAUCCGAGGAUCUGACUUCAUCACUGGGGGCCUCAGUUUCUUCACCUGUCAAAGCAGGGUAAUAACCCACUCCUACCACCCUUCCCAAAGCACUAAAUCAGAACUGACAUGGCAGAAAGGAAUAGUCAGUAUUUUAAACCAAAGCCUGGGGUGUGCUCUGCUUUUUAUUUUGAGGUAGAAGAAGAUUAUUUGUGUGUGGGGUAGGGGUGAGAGAAAGCAGAUUCCAAAUUAGCAAAGGCUUCAAAAUGUACUUCCCUGGGCCCAAACACCAAAUCAGUCCAUCCAUCAGCUCACCAGCAUUCCUUCCUGGAAAGCACUGGCUGAGUUUAAUUCAGGGUGGGCACUACCCCUGCUGUGGGCAGGCUGGGUGGUCACCCAUUCUAAGGAGAGGUCACGUGUGGCUCUCUGGCCUUCUGGGCCCCCAGGGAUCUGGGAAGAGUCUGCCUCAGGAGUUUUCAAGAGGCUCCACACUGGUUCCCCAGAAAUGUACCUGUCCUCUGUCCUCUUUCAAUGGGGUGCCCGAACCUCUGCUGACCCUCCCAGUCUAUGGGCAUCCCUUGGCAAUAGCACCUCCUGACUUAUGGGUUUGAAAUGUUUCCAAAGCAAAUGGGUGGGUUUUCACCCCCACACUCCUCCUUUGAAGUUUUGUGAAGAAUUUCCUAAAGAAUGUAAUGAAGAGAAAAAAAUGUUAUUAAUGUUAUUUUGUUAAAAUA